AUGAGAAGUCUACUUUUUUCAUGGCUUUUCAUUCUACCAAUUUACGCAACUUUACUCAGCUUCCAGAUAAUUGUUGUUUCUGGUCAAUGUCUAAGCGAUCAGCAAUCUUUGUUGCUGCAGUUGAAGAACAGCCUCAAAUUUAAUUCUACUGCAUCGAAAAAGCUGGUGCAAUGGAAUCAAAGUUCGGAUUGCUGCUUUUGGGAAGGUAUUACCUGCGAGGAGGGACGUGUCACUGGUCUCAAUCUGAGCCAAGAAUCAAUUUCCGGUGGGGUUGACAGUGUAUUUGACUUCAGAUAUCUCAAGAGUCUGGAUUUGUCUUACAAUAACAUAAGUUCUACGAUUCCAUCAAGGAUAGGUAAUCUCACAAAUUUGAGGCAUCUGAAUUUCUCAAAUGCUGGGUUUGUGGGUCAAAUCCCAAAAGAGAUAUCAGACUUGACAAGGUUGGUCACUCUUGAUUUCUCUACUCUGUUGGUCUUGGGUCCAUCCUUGUUGAAACUUGAAAACCCAAAUUUGAGAAUGCUGGUUCAGAAUCUCGCGGAACUUGAAGAACUCCAUCUUGACGGUUUGAAUAUAUCAGCAAGUAGAAAUGAUUGGUGUCAAUCCUUGUCAUCAUCAUUGCCUAAUCUGCGAGUGUUGAGCCUCUCCAACUGUUAUGUUUCUGGCCCUAUUGAUGAUUCGCUUGGGAAGCUUCAUUCUUUGUCUGUGAUUCGACUGGACAACAACAAUUUGUCGGCUCUUGUUCCUGGGUUUUUGGCAGAUUUCUCAAAUUUGAGUUUCUUGCAUCUCAGUUCGUGCGGGUUGAAUGGGAUAUUUCCCAAAGAGAUCUUCCAGGUACCAACACUAAGGACUCUUGACAUAUCGUUCAAUAAAUUACUUCAUGGUUCUUUUCCAUAUUUUCCUCCUGAGAGUGCUCUUCAAAGUCUAGUGGUUGGCUCCACCAAUUUCUCAGGCAAAUUACCAGCUUCUAUUGGCAAUCUUAAGCGGUUGUCCAGAUUAGACCUUAGCUAUUGUCAUUUCCACGGAAAACUUCCAACUUCUAUGACUAAUCUCACCGAGCUGGUUUAUCUGGAUUUAUCAGUCAACAACUUCACUGGUCCAAUCCCUCCUUUUAGCAUGUCCAGGAACCUGUCCAAAAUACAACUCUCGCAGAAUGGCUUCACCGGUGCAAUGUCAUCAUCUCAUUGGGAAGCCCUCUUGAACCUUGUAGAUAUUGACCUGCGAAAUAAUUCCCUCACUGGAAGUAUUCCUCCAUCUCUGUUUUCCCUUCCAUUACUCCGAAAGAUUCAACUCUCCAACAAUCAAUUUGAUGGUCCAGUUUUUGUGUUUCCAAAUGCAUCUUCCACGGUAUUGGAUACACUUGAUUUGAGUAGCAACAAUCUUCAAGGUCCUCUUCCAUCGUCUAUCUUUAAAUUCAAAAAACUGAGCAUCCUCUCUCUUUCUUCUAACAAUUUCAAUGGUACCAUUCCGUUGGAUAGUAUUCUGAGUCUUGCCAAUCUUACAAGUCUUGACCUUUCAUACAACAACUUGUCUGUAAAUGCAGGUGUUAAUGACCCUACUCUGUCUUCCUUUUCCAAUAUCAGGACAUUAAAACUUGCUUCUUGCAAACUCAGAAUAUUUCCUUACCUAAAGAACCAAUCUAAACUAGUUAAUUUGGACCUUUCACAAAACCAAAUUCAUGGGGAGAUACCUAAUUGGAUUUGGGCAGUUGGGAAUGGUUCUCUUUCCUAUCUGAAUCUUUCCUAUAAUCAUUUGGAUAGCAUGCAAGAGCCUUAUUUUUUUCCUAAUCUUUUUGUCCUCGACCUACAUUUUAACCAUCUCCGAGGAAACAUUCCCAUUCUACCGCAAUCUGCUAGUUAUAUAGAUUUGUCUAGCAAUAAUUUUACAUCUUCCAUUCCAACUGACAUUGGUAAGAACCUCGGGAUCACUGUUUUCUUUUCCCUCUCAAACAAUAGCCUUACGGGAAAUAUACCCGAAUCAUUAUGCAAGGCAAGCUACCUGCAAGUUCUUGAUUUGUCUAAGAACAAUUUAAGUGGCAAAAUACCAGCAUGUGUGUCUGAAAUGAGCCAGACUCUUGGAGUACUGAAUCUACGAAAGAACAACUUUAAUGGCAUGAUACCAGAUGCAUUUCCACUUUACUGUGCUCUAGAGACUCUGGAUCUGAGUGAAAAUUUGAUAGGAGGGAAAGUUCCAGAAAAACUAGCCAAUUGCCAGAAAUUACAGGUUUUAAACCUUGGCAACAAUAAGAUCAUUGACAAAUAUCCAUGCCCGUUGAAGAAUAUAUCCACAUUGCGAGUCCUUAUUUUGCGGUCCAACAAAUUUUAUGGCUCUAUGAGAUGUCAACAUAUCAAUGGAACCUGGAAGAACCUUCAAAUUGUCGACCUAGCUCACAACAAUUUUAGUGGUGAACUACAUGGAAAAUGCUUAACAAAAUGGCGGGGAAUGGUGGCUGGUGAAGAUGAUAGCCAAUCAAAGCUUAAGCACCUACAGUUUGCGUUUUUACAAUGGAAUUCAAUGCGAUAUUAUCAAAACACAGUGACGGUUACUUUGAAAGGUCUAGAGGUAGAACUGGUGAAGAUCCUAACUAUUUUUACCUCCAUUGACUUUUCGAACAACCAUUUCCAGGGACCAAUACCAAAAGAAUUAGGAGAGCUUCAAUCACUUUUUGUCCUGAACUUGUCCCAGAAUGCUCUCACGGGCGAAAUCCCGACAUCUUUAGGCAAGUUGCGGCAGCUUGAGUCUUUGGACUUCUCCAGCAACAAUCUGAUUGGCAACAUUCCACUUGAGCUUACAUAUCUUACUUUCCUUUCAUUUCUGAACCUCUCCAAUAAUCAACUGGUUGGGCCAAUCCCAAAGGGUACUCAGAUUCAAUCAUUUUCAGGAAGCUCCUUUGGAGGAAAUAAAGGACUCUGCGGUCCUCCCUUGACGCCAAACUGCAGCGAUUCCAUCCCAGAACGGAAUCAAACUUCAGGGGGUGAGUUUGAUUGGCAGUCCAUAUACAGUGGAGUGGGAUUUGGAGUUGGAGCUGCAGGUAUUAUGUCUCUGCUUUUGUUUUGGGAGGAGGGGAGAAACUGGUUCGAUGAUAGCAUUGAUAAAAUUCUUUUGGUAAUUCUUCCGAUGAUGGGAUUUGUUUACAAAACUCAUGAUCAAUGGGAUGAUGAAGCAGAUGAAGAUUCUGAUGCAGAGGGCACAGAGUUUAUGGAAGACUGUGAUGAAAAUGAAGAUGCAAAUGAAGACGGAGAAUUUCAGGGAGGGUACUGUGUUUUUUGUUCAAAACUUGACAUCAGCAAGAAAAGGGUCAUCCAUGACCCGAAGUGUACAUGCCAUUCUUCACCACCCAUUUCUUCUUCAUCAACAUCUCGUUCUUCAUCUUCAUCGUUCUCAUAG